UUGAGGAGAAUGAAUGAAAUGGACCAUCCCCCAGCAACCGCAAGGAAAGCUUAAAGAAACAAGCAGUUAUUUUGCUUUGUUAGAAGCUAGUUUGAUUUCAGCGGGGAUCAGUGGACGACUUUGACCAAGAACUCUCUUCAGAAUUUAGGAACAACACGUUGGCUCCUGCCUUUUGCCUAGACGAAAUCAGAGAUUCAAUUUCAGUGUUUUUUAAAGAAUGGGGCUCUUCCCAUGAUUGACCUGCUUAUUUGCUUUCUUAACCAAGUGGCCUUCCUUGGCCGAUUUUCUUGUGAUUCAGCCGCCAUUUUUCCAUUGCCAGGAUUCCUUCUUGCCUUUGUUUUUUCAAAAACUUGAUUUCACGAUUUUCUUUCUUCCCAAUUAAUGGACCUUAGCCUCUGCCCUUCUGCUUCUUUCAUCAUGUCAUGUUUUCCAGCUGAAGAGGCAAGGGAGUUGUGCUGCUUAGCAACUUCGGCAGUUAUUUCUAAACUGUUUUAUGCAAUCUUCAUCUCCAUAUUUGCAGUGGUUGGAGCAACUUUAGGAGCCCUGACCGGUGCUUAUGUUGGGGCAAAAACCAAGAUCGGUUGUCUUCAUGGAGCCACUGUUGGAGCCGUAAAGGGCAGUUUUUUCUCCAUCAAGUUCUUUAAAAUUUCACUGAUAGUUUGCAGUUCCGAUGACGUGGCAACGAGGUAUCUCCUCCAAUCGAUAAACGCAUUGGACUCUACGUUCAACCAAGUCCCCUGGAAUAUCCCCGAAGGGUUGUCAAAGGAAUCAAUACAAAAUAUUCCAAAGAUCAGAAUCACAGAAGAAAACGUAUGGGAUUCAUCCAGGAAUAGGAUCUCCUGCUCGAUUUGCCUUCAGGAUUUUUUACAGGGAGAAGUAGUUCAUAGCUUGCCACACUGUCACCAUAUGUUUCAUGUUUCGUGUAUCCAAAAGUGGCUAGGGGAGCAUAAAUCUUGCCCACUGUGCAGGAGAAGUUUUUGACACUCAAAGUGGAAGACAGAAAAUUAUGCUGGCGUCUGUAACCAGUUCUGUCUUCUACUACUUGGAAGGUUUGCUAAAACCCACUCGUCAUGGACAAAGCUUCGAUUCAUGUAGUACAAGCUCGACUAGGAAGUUCUAACUAAGAGGGACACAUAGCCACAACAGAAUUAUACUAGGAAUUCAGAAUUUUGUUCAUACGGUAGCUCCUGAUAUGAUUUUUUGUAUGCAUGUAUACCCAUUUAUUACAUUAAUUUCUGGGAAACCCAAUUUUUUUAAACGUGAAAUCUGUCUAUUUCAUAUUGUUUAGAUGAAACACGUAGCAUGAACUGCAAGCCAGCUUGGGUUUUGGUUCCCAUCACCAAGUCAUUGGCAACUAAUUUCAACGAAAUUUCCACGUAAAUUAAACGGGCCUCUGCUGAAUCUGA